CUCGGUUUGCUGUAGAAAUGGACGGGAAGUGCAGCGCGUUAAAACUGAAGAAAUAAAUAAUGAGGCGUUCAAAACUCUUAACGUUACACGCUGUAAGCUUGAGUCUGACACCUUCAGUCAUUGCUGCAGGUCUGUGCCUCUGCUAAAUGUAAAUAUUGAACGCGUUGUCAGGAGAAGUGGAAGCUGUGGUAAAUCUCCAGCUCGUUAUCAUCAUCAUCAUCAGCUGCAAAAACAACACAAAACAGCAUUUUCUCAUCAAGAUGAGCAAGAAACACAGUCAGUGAUCAGUCUGGAGGAAAUACACAAGUGACAUUAUGAAUCUGCUCCGUCUCGUGUGUCGUCAUAAGACAGCGCUGGCUCUCGGCGUCCUCCUUCUGUUCGCCGUCGUCCUUUUAUUCCUCGCCAAAUGUACAUCCGAGACGCUAAAGCCGGUCGAGUCUCCAGGAGCGGCUCCGCAAGCAGAAUCCCACCAGAAGCCACUGGCAGGACCUGCUCGUCCCAAAGAGCUCUCCGCGUUCCUGGUCAUCCUCAUCACCACCGGGCCCAAAUACACCGAGCGGCGCAGUAUUAUCCGGAGCACAUGGCUCACCAAAAACGACCCUGAGGUGCUCUACUGGUUCGUAAUUGGCACCGAGGGAUUACCCGCUGAAGAUCUGCAAAAUCUGGCUACCGAACAAAUCCGUCACCACGACCUCCUCCUGCUCCCUGACCUCCGGGAUUCAUACGAAAACCUGACGCAGAAGCUGCUUCACAUGUACUCAUGGCUGGACCAGAACGUGGAGUUUAAAUUCGUAUUAAAAGCCGACGAUGACACGUUUGCGCGCUUGGAUCUUCUUAAAGAAGAGUUGAAAGUUAAGGAACCCAAGGAGCGUCUUUACUGGGGGUUUUUUUCUGGUCGCGGAAGAGUGAAAACGGCUGGAAAGUGGAAGGAAAGUGCAUGGGAAUUGUGCGAUUAUUACUUGCCCUAUGCUUUAGGUGGUGGAUACGUGCUUUCUGGAGAUCUCGUGCGAUAUAUUCGUCUGAACGUGGGAUUUUUGAAGAUCUGGCAGAGCGAGGACGUGUCUUUAGGAGCGUGGUUGGCUCCGGUGGAUGUGAAGCGGCUUCACGAUCCGCGCUUCGACACGGAGUACAAGUCUCGCGGAUGCAGCAAUAAAUAUCUGGUCACUCACAAGCAGAGUUUGGAGGACAUGCUGGAGAAACACCAGACACUGCAGAGAGACGGACGCUUGUGCAAAGAGGAGGUCAAAUUGAGGCUGUCUUAUAUCUACGACUGGAGCGUCCCGCCGUCGCAGUGCUGCCAGCGGAAAGACGGCAUCCCGUGACUCUUUCACACCCUUCGUCUCAUGCGUUUCUUUCUUCCACAUGAUAUUUAUUUAUUUAUUUAUUAUCAAUGUUGUGCGUCAGCCCGCAAUACCAAUACUUAACCUUUUGAAAAGGCCUUUUAAGUGAGAAUGAUGGGAGGUUUGUGUUACAGGAGAGCUGCUCUUAUGGAAUUUUAAUGCAAUUAGUUGAGUUCACUUUGAAAACUUGUGGACGCUGAUCGCCUUAAAUGGUUCGUUCACUCAAACAUGUAAAUUAGCCCAUGAUUUACCAACCAUCAACACAUCCUUGGUGUAUAUGACUGUUCAUCUGUUCAUUUCCACAUGUAUUCUUUCAGCCGAGUCCAAUGCGAGUUAUUAAAAACUAAAAAUGUUAUGCUCUUCAAGCUCCACAAUAGCAAAGUGCCUCAAGUUUGGGUGAAUAAAGGUCUCCUGUAGUGAACUGAUUGGGUUGUAUUGUAAGAAUUACUGUUUUAAAUGUUAGGAAUUUAAUAAACGAGAGACUACCUUUCUGGCAGGUGGUGUAGAAUGUAUUAGAGCUGUGGUCAUUUGAUUAAAUAACUUCUUAAUCGGUUAGUUUUUAACCAGCAGACGGCGCUCUAGACUAUU